AUGACAUCCAAAUCAACCCCUUCAAACUUCCACUUCCAAUUCACAACAGUGACAGGUUAUUUCCUCCAAGAUGACCCCAGCACCGACCCCGACAAUUUCGACUAUGUAAUAUCCAAUUUCGGACUCAUACCCCGGAGCUACGACUCCGACCCUGAGUUUGACCCAGAGGGCCACAGAACCCAAUGGGAACGGUUCGAGUACCACCUCAACAAGCUAAACCAGGAUAGCAGUCCCGAGACGCAAUUCAAACUGCUCUUCCUGGGUAGACAUGGAGAAGGGAUCCAUAAUGUCGCCGAGAGAAGGUAUGGGACGGAGCUUUGGGAUUGCUACUGGUCCCUCCAAAACGGCGACGAGACCGGUACCUGGGUCGACGCCCGUCUCACAGAAGUAGGAAUCUCGCAAGCCGAAACAGCCAACCAGGCGUGGAGAACACAAAUCAAGGACAAGAUCCCCUCUCCACAGUCCUACUACGUGAGUCCCUUGAACCGGUGUCUAGCGACUGCUAGCAUCACCUUCAAGGACCUAGGUCUACCGCAUACGGAACCCUUCCGGCCUGUAAUCAAAGAGCUCCUCCGUGAAACAAUCGGCCUCCACACGUGUGACAGUCGAUCCAGCAAAACCGCCAUCGUGGAGGAAUACCCCCUGUACCGAUUCGAGGAGGGCUUCGCGGAACAAGAUCCGCUGUAUGACCCCGAGCUCCGGGAAUCGGACUCUGCGCGGGAUGUCCGGCUCCGAGAGCUACUGUCCGAUGUGUUUGCGCAUGAUGCGAGUACGGUGGUUUCGUUGACGGCGCAUUCGGGGGCGAUUACGAGUGUUUUGGAGGUGGUGGGGCAUCGGCGGUUUGCGUUGAUGACGGGCGCGGUGAUUCCGGUGCUGGUGAGGGCGGAGAGGGUUGAAGGGCCGAGUCCUCCUGUGACGGUGGAGCCGCCGACCAGGGCGCCUGUUUGUCCUCCUCGGAGUCGGGUUUAG